AGCCGACAAUCACUGACAGACGACGACGACCAAAGCAAGCCCUGUGACUUUUGGUCUUGCAUUUGACACUUCACUUUGCACCACCACUACAACACUAAUGGCAGCGGACGACGACCCCGGAGCGGGCGUGGGCCCCCACUACACCGACGACGGCGUGCGCUACCGCCGCGAAAGCUACGUCUCGAACGGCUUCCACCCCAGCCACCACGACACGGGCGGCGGCGUCAUGCCCGCCGCCGCUUCCACCCCGACGUCGAGCAGCACGACGCCGCGCAGCCAGCCGCGGAAACGCAAGGACGCCGAGUCGGACGGCGAGGAGAAGAAGCCCAAGAAGACACGGCAGACGCCAUGCAGAGCGAGGAAAGUCAAGUGCGAUCGACCACCGCCCGGGUCGGCACCAGACGGCGUGCCGACCAAGGACGUCUGCUCGCACUGCCAGCAGCUCGGCAUGGCGUGCACGUUCGAGUACAAGCCGAAGAAGCGCGGACCACCGAACAUGUAUCUGAAGCGGAUGCAGGCGAUGGGGCACGCCGGCGUAGAGCCGCCCGCGACGUCUGCCUCGCCGGUCGACCACCGGCUCGAGCUCGAAGCGGGGCGGCAAGGCCCCGGCCCCGGCCCCGGAACGCUCGCGCAGCAGAAUGCGCUGCGGCACAGCGCGCUGUCGGCGCAGGGUGGCGGCGAGCCGCACCAUCGCGGGCGGGACGCGGUCGAUGACUGGGGCCCGGCGCUCGCCAAGUCGCUCGCUCACCACCAGCACCAGCCCGACCGCCCGUCCGAGGCGGCGGGGGGAACCAACGCGUUCUCGCUCCCGCACACUGCGAGCUUCAGCCAGGGACGCCGCCAGUCGGCCGGCAGGAGAGAGAGCUACAACAACAACAACACGUCGCCGGCGUACCCUGCCUCCUCGUCGGGCAACCCCCUCGACGCGGUCCUCCCCCGCUCGCUGCUCUACCACCUCAUCGACCUCUACUUCGACUACGUGUACUGCCUCGUGCCGUGCCUCCACAAGCCGUCAUUCACGCGCGACCUCCACAACAGGCGAGAGGAGCAGCCCGGCCAGGAGGAGUUUGUCGCCCUCAUCUUCGCCGUGAUCGAGGUCACGCUCGUGCAGAUGCCGCGGGCGUUCAUCCAGCUCCCGAAACGUGAUAUCAAGGCGCUGUUCACGCGCGCUCACCUCACUGUGCAGGAGUUUGUGCACAAGGAUAUGACGCAGCUGAACAUUGAUCGAGUUGUGCUGCUAUACCUCCAUGGAAUUGCGACACACACGCUCAGCUUACCCCUGGCCUGCGACGCCGUCUGGGGACAGAACUACUUCCUGAGCCUGAGGCUACGCCUGCACGAGGAAUCUGCCUACCAGAACCUCAACCCCAUCGAGCGGGAACUACGGAAGCGCAUGUUCUGGCUACAGUACGGCGGCGACAAGACCAUCUCGGCUAUCGACGGGUCUUCUGUCAUCUGGCACGAGUCGGAUACAGCAGAUGUGACGCUGCCUUCACCACUUGACGACGAGUUUGUGACAGAGGACGGGUAUCUGGAACAGCCAGAAGGUCAUACACCGGUGCUCGCAGGCUUCUACUACAUCAGCAAGCUUUUCAGAUUGCUUGGUCAAAUCCUCGACAAGCGCAAGGCAGACCGCAUCAAGCCUCCUUCAGGCCUCAUGCUCCAAAUGCGCAUCAACGAGGUCGAGCAGAUCUUCAACCAGGUCAUGACCUUGAUGGAUGGCUGCCCUGAUGCCCUCAAGCUGGAGAUGAGCGGCACACCGGGAGCCAAGAUGAGCGACAUCGACGAGCGCUGGGACGCCUACAUAUCCGCAGACAUUCGCCAGCUGCUCCUCGACCCUUCACUGCUCACCCGCUCAGUAAAGGACACGUUCCUCGUCCAGCAGGCAAACAUCUACGUCACGCAGCAGAUGGUCCGCUACAUUGCUAUCCAGUACCGCGAAGAGCUGGGUGCGCUGCAGGACAAAGAGCUCGUGAAUCAGUCUGGACUCGACGAGAACGAGCCACCGGGAGCUCCGACAAAUCGCCGCACAUCCCAGAUCCGUAUGGGCAGGUCCGGUUUCACUGAGGAGGAGAAGGACGCAGUGGCGAGUGAUCUGCUACUCAUCCUCUCCAAGAUCCGGCUCGAGGUUAUCGCCGUGAACAGCUUUGCCCUUGUCGCCAAGGUUCGAUUCGUGGCAUCAACGCUACUCGACGCCCUCCAGUCGCCGCCUGCUCUUCCUGUGCAGUCGUCGACGCCAGAGAUGAUCCGUGCGAACGAGCGCACAGUACGGGCCCAGGGAUAUCUUUGGGACUUCUUGCGGAUCUUGUCCGACAUCGAGGCCUUGUACAUGAUGGACGACGACGAGGACUAGUGGUUGGGGCGCCCUCUUUUUGUAUUUGGUAGACAUGUCAGCGAG